GGCUGGCGCAUCUCACCUCCCUCCGUCCACACGAACUGUCCAGGGAACAUGGCCUCGAAUGAUGUACGUCAGCUCUGUUGCUUCAUAGGUAUAUUUUUGUGUACUUUGUCAGCAGUAAUGUCGCACCCACCAAGCUCUGCCGGUGCCACGGAUACAUUCUCUCUCCCCCGCAGAUCUUUUGAAAAGCAAGCAUAUGACACAAGGUCAGAAGCUAAGAGGUCGUGUGAUGGCUUCCCCUGCAUGUAUUCUCACUUGGGAGCUAAAGCCGGCCGUCAAGCGCUGAUGAGAACAUUGAUGAGUAUAAUAGACGAUUGUGCUGUCGAUCCAUCCUGCUCACCUGGUCGGCGAAGAAGAAAACGGAUGGUGAUGAAUUCAGUACGGCGGCUGUUUUUUGAAGGAGUAUGUCACAAGUCUUUGACAUGAUUUUGUGUUCAUAAAACAUGAAGACUGACAUUCAGGUCCUUCGGUGUGGUUAUGACGGGAUUUAUACCUCUUCUUGUUCUACCAUUCUUCAGUUUGCUUUAAUAUACUUACCAUCAUAUGAAAUCAUAUUUUCCAAUUAUCUUACACACAUUCGUACUCCGUCAGAUACUACUGCAAGGGAGUAUUUCCACCAGAUUCCUUGUAUACAGCAGUACAAAGGACCGUUAGAUCAUUCACCAAGAUGGUUAUCUCUUCGAGAAAUACUCAGUUAUACUCCAGAAAUACUUUAUUUCACUAUGUUAUGUUUAACCUUUUUUUCCUGGGGAACUUAACAUUAGCGAACAUCGAGGUGUUCUAUGUUUCAUAAACUCUGUUCUAAAUAAAUGCUUGAUCAUGUUA